AUGUUAAAAUCUGAAAUAGGUAAACCAAACACAUUCUUAUACUUUGCAUAUGGCAGCAAUAUAUGGACCUUUAGAAUUCAUAUGAAUAACCCAACAGCAGAGUUUGUUUCUAUAGGCCGACUUGAUAAUUACAGACUUGAUUUCAUAAAAUAUUCGAAGUUUUGGGGAGGUCCAACAGCAACUCCAGUACCAACAGCUAAUGCUCAUAUUUGGGGAGUAAUCUGGCGACUGCACACUGAUAAUAAAGCUUCUUUAGAUAAGCAAGAAGGUGUGGACAAAAAUAUUUAUUACUCCAAAUAUUCUAACAUUCUAACUCCUUACAUUGGAGUUUUAAAAUGCCUUGUAUAUGAGCACUUGGUUAUACCGCUACCAAGGGGAGAUAAUGAUGAGAUACCCAUAGAGCGAUGGCCGUCAUGGACUUAUAAGGAAGUUAUUGUCCUGGGCGCAGAAGAACAUAAACUACCAGAGUAUUAUAUAAAUGAUUUAAAGAAAAUAAAGCAUAACGGCGAACAAGGCUGUUUCUUUAUGGCGUGCCUUUUGAGAUGUUAUGGAACUCAGAAGCCUUGUCAGUGUAGGGUACCGGGUAGGAUACCGAGAAAGCCUCUAAAGCUAGAUUUAAGGGAACUAAGAGCCAAAAUUAAAAAUAAAUAAAUCA